AUGGCACCGCAUAAGGGUUACCUGGUAGCGUCAUAUAUGAUCGCGUAUAACGCUUUCUCUUUCCUUCUAUGGAGCCACCUGACGAUCCACACCUUGACUCACCUGAAAGAAUUAUAUGCCGAGUCUCGCCUUGCCGACCUCUACAACCUUAUACCGCUCCUUAGCGUCACGCAGAGCCUAGCGCUGCUCGAGGUUGGCCAUGCAGCCCUGGGACUGGUCCGGGCCUCACCCGCGACGACCGCGCUGCAGGUCGGCGGCAAGAACCUGGUCGUCUGGACCGUGAUGGUGAAGUUUCCAGAGAUUAUCACCAAGAAUGAGCUUGGCAUGUGUGCGUUCUUAGGCUGUGUGCUAGCCUGGGGUUUCUCUGAGAUGAUCCGAUAUGGGUAUUUCGUCGUUCAACUUGCUACCGGCGAGACUCCGCGAUGGCUUAAAUGGCUUAGAUAUAAUGCUUUCCUACCUCUAUAUCCAAUUGGUCUUCUCAGCGAAGCUGGGCUUGUGUAUUUGGCGUUGACGGAAGGGACUGGCGUCGGCUCGUUUUACAAGGGAUACCUUCUCUUGGGGCUUUUAACCUAUCUUCCUGCUGGUCCGUUCCUGUAUACACAUAUGUUGUCGCAGAGACGGAAAGUCAUGAAGCAGUUGGGUGAGAAGAAGACCCAAUAG